AAAAGUAAACUGCCUCACCCUCACAGAACCCAGGGAAGAUGCCUCAAGCUACCAAAUGUCACCUCCCAUUUCCGGACGAAAUGAACAAAAUCACAAGAGAAAAAUAAUAAUAAUAAAAAAAUAGAAGCGCUCUCUAUUUCCCUUCUUCUUCCUCCUCCUUCUCAUCCACGGUAGCACUUCAAGCAAGGGUGGUUCAAAACUAUUGAAAAGUAUUUUGUGUAUGCUGGUAUGGAACAACCCUGUUGCAGUGAUGGAGGUUAGAGAAAGGGUUUCUAGAAUCUAAAAUUGGUCACAAAUGAAAACAUGGCCACCUCUGCACCAAUCUGAAUUCUGAACAUCAUUUGCCUUCUGGUUCUUUCCAAACUAGGGGCACAAUAGCAACUUAUGUUUCAAGAAAAGAAAAGGAACAUCCAGGGAUAGAGUGAGGAGAUCAUCUCUCACUUUCUGCAGUUCCAAUGGCGGGCCCGUUCUAUGAAGCUAAAUUCGUUGACCGUCAUGAUAUCAUGAAGAUUUUUGCAGCUGAAGGCGUUGAAUUCCUUUUAUCAUGUGAUGGAAAGGUACCUCUGUCAUCAUGCAACGGGAAGACCAUCUUCCUAUUUUUCUCUGCAAACUGGUGCAGGCCUUGUAAAACAAUAGUUCCUCUUCUGGUUGAACUUUAUGAUGCACUGAAAAAGAAAGGCAAGAGUCUAGAGAUCAUUUUCAUCUCCUUUGAUCACGAUGAGAGUGGUUUUGAUCAACAUUUCAAGAGCAUGCCAUGGCUUGCUGUCCCGUUUGAUGCAAAUUUGCACAGAAGGUUGAUCAACAGGUAUCAAGUCCAUCGAAUCCCAUCAUUCGUCCCAUUAUGUUCAGAUGGCAUAACCAAUGAAGAAGAUAUGAUUGGCUGCAUCGAGGACUAUGGUGCUGAAGCAUUCCCUUUCACAAACAAGAGACUGCAAGAACUGAAAGCCAUAGAUCAAAGAAAGCGAGAAGAAGCCAAUUUGGAAGAACUUUUGGCUCAUGCGGGACGCAAUUUUCUCAUCUCUGGGGAUGAUGGGAAGGUACCGAUAUCUGAACUUACGGGCAAAACCAUAGGCCUAUAUUUUUGUGCUGACUGGUCUCCCCCUUGCCGUGCCUUCACCGUCCAACUUACAGACGUAUACAACAACCUAAACGCUGGAAAAGAUCACUGCUUUGAAGUUGUUCUGAUCUCAACAGAUAGAGACCUCGGGGAAUUCAAUGUGAACAGAAGUAGCAUGCCAUGGCUGGCUGUACCAUACUUGGACAGAACAAGGCAUGAUCUUUGUAGAAUCUUCGCUAUAAAAGGAAUUCCCGUUUUGGUUCUUCUUGGGCCAGAGGGCAAAGUCAUAAGCAUGAAUGGGAAGUUUGUGGUGUCCUCAUAUGGUGCUGAGGCUUUCCCUUUCACUGAUGCACGUAUAAGGGACCUUGAAGCUGCUCUGAGAAAGGAAGGAGAGGCUUUGCCUCGGGAGGUUGAGGAUUUGAAACAUGAGCAUGUUCUGAAAUUGGAAAUGGCCAAAGCUUAUGUGUGUGAUUUCUGUAAAAAACAAGGCAAGUUCUGGGCGUUCUCCUGUGAUGUCUGUGAUUAUGAUCUUCACCCAAGUUGUGUGGAAAAGGUCAGCAAAGAUGAAAGCUUGUAGAAAAUACAGUAAUGGCCUUGACAUUUGUGGGGAUUGCUUAAGAACCAAACUAAAACUUCUCCUGCCUCAAUACUACGUUGAUGAAAGCUCUUUUUUUUUUUUUUUUUUUUAAUGAAUGUUGUGAAAGUUAA